CAUAUAAAUAUAUUCUUACCUUACGCUCUUACCCAAUCCUACCAAUUCUUUCAUCUCUGUCUGAUCUCUCUUUUCAGUGGCUCCUCUAUUCACACUUUUGGUCCUCCUCCUCUGGCCUCCUCCUGCAUCUCCUUCUUUUUGUCUAUGGUUGUGAGUCAUGACGUCAUUGCGCUUAUAAUUAGGUUUAGCUCCUUCCUUCAUUUUUGCAAACUCGACUCGGUGCUUUAGGGACCUCUCUCUAAUCUCUUCUUUGAUAUAUCCUCAAGCUAAAGAGAAAGAGCUGAGAUCGAUGGCGGAAUGCAACAGAGGCCAAGAAGACUGUUUUGCUUCCCAAGGCCAAGAGGCAAAGACCAGUACAGAGAAGAAGUAUGGAGCACUGAUGCCAAAGAAAAAGCCACUGAUUUCAAACGAUCAUGAACGUGCAUUCUUUGAUUCAGCAGACUGGGCAUUAUGCAAGCAAGGUGCUGGAGUGAAUACAAAAACAACAGCAGCAGUGGAGACCUUGCAGCCAAAACUACAGAGAACACCUCAUCAACAGCUCCCUCCCAGGAGACCUGCUUGUACAUCUGGUUGAGAUGGAAUGGUGAGUGUUCAAAUGCAAUGCUUACAGGUAGCUGGCCUGGGUAUGCUAUAUAUAUUAACUUUUUGAACUACUUCAUGUGGUUGUGGAUGUUGCAGAGAGAGUAGAACUGCAUGUACGUGUUCAGGAAUCAUACAAGUUUUUGUGUGAUGUUGUCACAGUAAUCAUACUGUUCAUAAAAUGGCAUACAUUACAAUGGCCUAAGCGCUUUUACAUGUGCACUUGCUUCUAAUAAAAAGGUUUUCAUUAA